GUGCUGAACGGAUUAAUCUUUUUAAAAGUCAUCCGAACCGACCCCAACUUAUCAGGCAGCGACAAACGAUUGCUUGUUUCAUGUCAAGCCGUUUCUUGUGUCACCACGUCACGUCGGCCGAUGGAGUAUAAAAUGUACGGGUGGUCAACAUCUACUGGAGUCCUUUUGAAACCGUGGUUCUUAGAUGGCGUGAAUCCCUGAUAAGACACGUGCGUGAAAGGAUUCGAAAUAAAAUUGCAGAACCUUACAACAAGAUAGUUGCCAGAACAGCCCCAUAUACGACGACUUCAGGCACAAGGUGAAUUUUGCAGCGAAAUGCCACAUUGACAUCAGCAGCAAGUGAAACCACAUAAAAGAAAAUCCAUUAUCUCUUUUGCAAUAGUAAGGUUUCGUCGUCAUCUCCUUGAGUAACAAUUCUUCAAAAUGAGCUGGAACAUUUUCAGUCGUCUGACAUCUCCAAAGAAGGCACCUCCUGUCAUCACAAAAGAGGAGGAGAAGGCGUUUGAGCGGGAAGUGAACAAAAUCAGUGUGCUUGAUGAGGCUACCAAGAAGCUGUACAAGGACAUGAAGCACUGCAUCGAGGCCAUGGGGGCGCUGUCCAAGACGCAGUGUCGCAUCGGCCAGAACCUGGCGGCCAGCCCCAUCCUGAACACGGAGGAAACGCUGAAAAACCUGGAGCUCAUCAAUAACUCCAUUGGACAGAUUGAGGCCAAGACCCAGGAAUUGAAUGCCAGCUCUGGUCGCACCAUGGUUGAACCGAUGAAGAAGUUCAGCACCAUCUUUCCCAGCUUGUACCUGGCGCUCAAGAAACGGGAGCAGUGCCUGCAGGAGUACAGCCGCUGCCAGGGCAAAGUGGAGAAGUACCAAGACAGGGAACGUACUGGACCCAAUCUUACCAAAUUAGAAACGUCUAAGAAGAAUCUUGCGGCAGCUAAGGAGGAGUAUGAGCGACAGCACACCGAGUUAAUGCAGGCCAUGCCACAGUUCUUUGAGGGACGUGUGGAGUACUUCCAGCCGUCCUUUGAGGCACUCAUCAAAUCUCAGGUGAUCUAUUACACAGAGUGCUUCAAGAUCUAUGCCGAGCUUGCCGUCCAGCUUGAGGACAACGACACGCUGCAGAGCGACGAAGAUUUCGAGAUGGACCUUCACCGACGACUGUGUGAAAUAAGGGCAUUGUCUAUAGUGGUGGAUGACUGAACAGGUCCCAAAAAGUUUUUGUUAAUUUGUUGGUGACCACUCAUCAGAGGUGCUUUUGUAUAAGGACCAAUAUAUGUAUUGUUAAGGUUUAUUAACAUUAUUGUAAACCAGGUGAGUGACACGAGUGUUGAUGUUGUCAUAUGAAAAUUGGACUCCUGUGAAACCUGGUCCCCUUUGUGAGUUCUCUUUGUUCUGAUAGCUAAGGUCAAGUUGACAUGUGAUCUCCUUAUCAAUAUUUAUGUACUUACACUAUAAAAGUAAAUGUAUAAACUCAGUACUACUGAACAGUAGCCAUUUCGGCAGGUUUAUAUCGAUGUAGUUUAUGGAGACACCCCCGGCUUUAAGUGACCCUGUGUAUGAUUCUUCAUUAUCAGGAGAGGCACAGGAGAGUGCCUAAACUCUAAGUUUUUCUAAACCUGUGAAACUGCUGACAUUUGAUAUGGGUGUAACACUGUCCCUUGCACCGAUGACAAUAUUUGUGUGGUUUUACUACUUGUAGAGAGAUACGGUCUGCUGCUGGUAUUUAUUAAAUUAUAUUGUUGUUUUUUUAUAGUACAAGUGUGUGUGUGUGGAAUAUAAAUGUCAAUAUUUAAUCAAAGUACUAUUAUCAACUGUUUGUAUUAUUAAACGGAAACCUUACAUGUAUGUGUGCAAUAUGUAAAGAAUUUAUAUAUGAAACUCCAUUUGAUGUAAAGUAUUAUGAAAGUACUUAAUUAAGGCAUUAAAGGUGUGAACUUAUUUCCCCAUUAUUCCAACAUAAUUGGUUUUUUUCGUGUUGCUUUUUUUUUUGGGGGGGGGGGAACUAUAAUUGAAUCUGGGCAGUUAUACACUGAACAGCUUUGUAUGUGUAUCUAGUCAAGAAAAUGUUUAUAUGUACAAAUUUAACUCAGUUACUUGAUGUUCAUCAAACUAAUCUGGUUUGACAGCUUUACGAAAAAGGUGGUGCAAAUCGU